CCGAGGAUGGAGGUCACGGCGCCCCGAACGCUCCUCCUGCUGCUCUCGGGGGCCCUGGCCCUGACCGAGACUUGGGCGGACCCCCCAAAGACACACGUGACCCGCCACCCCAUCUCUGACCGUGAGGCCACCCUGAAGUGCUGGGCCCUGGGCUUCUACCCUGCGGAGAUCACACUGACCUGGCAGCGGGAUGGGGAGGACCAGACCCAGGACACGGAGCUUGCGGAGACCUGGCCUGCAGGGGACGGAACCUUCCAGAAGUGGGCGGCUGUGGUGGUGCGUUCUGGAGAGGAGCAGAGAUACACGUGCCAUGUGCAGCACGAGGGGCUGCUGGAGCCCCUCACCCUGCGAUGGGAGCCGCCUUCCCAGCCCAGCGUCCCCAUGGUGGGCAUCGUUGCUGGCCUGGUCCUCCUUGGAGCUGUGCUCACUGGAGCUGUGGUCGUCGUUGUGAUGUGGAGGAAGAAGAGCUCAGGUGGAAAAGGAGGGAGCUAUGCUCAGGCUGCCUGUAAGUAUGGGGACUUAUCCCUGCGACCUUUGGGAUAG